AUGAACUUCAGGAAGUCGUGCCGCUGCCGAGUGUCACGCGCCGCCACUUCCGCCGUCGGCAGACUCCACAGGCAGACUCCGAAGCGGAAGCAGUCGGCGAGAAUCAGGAAAUGCAUGUGUCUGCCGUCUAAUUACGCCCUCGUGAAGUUCCCUGUGGUCUGGUCCGAACUCAGGGCUAAUCAGCAGCUGUGCGACGGUGCUAUAAGAUGCGCGGGGGAUCAAGUUUUCCCGGUUCAUCGCGUCAUAUUAUCCGCGGUGAGCCCGUACUUCAAGGCCCUUUUCACCUACAGUCUGAAAGGCGGCAAGACCGAGACCACGGAGGUCGCCAUCAAUUUCGUUCGCGGCGAGCUCUUCAGCCUGAUCCUCGAUUACGCCUACACCGGCACCUGUAACGUGAAUGCCGACAAUGUCGAGCAACUAUUACCGCUCGCCGAUCAAUUCGAGGUGCUCGGGAUCGUUCAGCUCUGCUGUCAGUUUUUGCUGCAAGAGCUGCGACCGGACAAUUGCUUAGGUAUCUUGAAAUUCGCACGCCACUACUUCUGCCGCGAUCUCGAGAAGCAAGGCCGGAAGUACGUGCAUCACCACUUCAAGCGGAUAAUGCGGGAGAGCGGGGAGUUCAAGGAUCUUCUUUGCGACGAGCUGGAGGCGAUAUUAAGCCACGACGAGCUCAACGUUAAAAAUGAGGAGAUCGUGUUCGACGCUGUCAGGACGUGGGUCGAGAGCCGGCUGGAGGAGAGACGGCCCUAUCUGCCCAGGUUGCUGGGAUGCAUACGUUAUGGCCUCAUGACUCAUAAGUAUUUCGUUAAUAACAUCGCCGGCUGGAAGCUCGUCGAUGGGGAUGAAGCCUGCCAGAAAAUACUGUUGCCGGUGAAUGCUUAUUUAACCGAGCGGGACUCGAAGCAGAACGGCGGGGAGAUCGAUCUGAGGAAUUCCCUCACGAGGCCGCGCGUACCCUACGAAAUUCUCUUCGCGAUUGGCGGAUGGAGCACAGGUUCGCCGACCAAUUUUGUGGAGACUUACGACACGAGAGCUGACAGGUGGUUUCUAUCAGUGAGCACGGACGUAACGCCAAGGGCUUAUCACGGAUUAUGCACCCUGAACAAUCUCAUCUACAUGAUCGGCGGAUACAACGGUAACGAGCACUUCAACACGGUCCGGUGCUUCGACCCGGUGACGAAAGAAUGGCAAGAACGAGCUUGCAUGUAUCACGCCAGGUGUUACGUCAGCGUUUGCGUUCACGGCGGCAAGAUUUAUGCGCUCGGCGGAUUCAACGGUCGCACGAGAAUGAGCUCCGGCGAGCGGUACGAGCCGCAGAAGAACCAAUGGGAGAUGAUCCCGGCCAUGCAUCGGCAACGAUCGGACGCCAGCGCGGCGGUGCUCCACGACAGGAUCUACAUCGCCGGCGGCUUCAACGGCCAAGAGAUCCUCAACUCGGCCGAGGUCUUCGACGUGGAGACCAGCCAAUGGAGCAACAUCCGCGCGAUGAUCAGCCCGCGAUCCGGCGUCUCCCUCGUCGCGUUUCGCGACAGUCUCUACGCCCUCGGCGGGUUCAGCGGCGUCGCCAGACUCAGUUCCGGAGAGCGCUACACUCCAAACCAUUCCGACCAGUGGCACGAAGUGUCGGAGAUGUUUAGCCCACGCAGCAAUUUCGCCACGGCGGUCCUCGACGAUAUGAUUUUUGUCAUUGGCGGUUACAACGGAUCGAGCACGGUCCCGUACGUCGAGUGUUACGACGCGGACUACAACGAAUGGUACGACGCAUCUCCCAUGAAUCUCAGCCGCAGCGGUCUCAGUGCCUGCGUGAUAGGUUUAGCGAACGCGCGCGAAUAUUCCUAUCUGGGCAAAGCUCAGGAUCUUGGUCAAGGGCAAGCAACGUCGAAGAGCCGGGAAAAGUUUGGCCAACCUGACGAGGCUUCCGCCGAGACUAACGACAUCAUCGCCGUGGAUGAGGAGGGGAUACAAUGGACGCGGGACGAGUCGAUGUACGUUGUACAAGAACUCGAUUGA